AAAUCAUUUACGAAUAAUAAACUAAUUGGCUUUACAAAAAAAAAAAUACUAUCAAUAAAAGACUAAAUUUCCAUUCAAUUAAACUCAUUUGCAAAAGAUCCACCUGUCAGAGAUGAGGUUAGAGUUCACAAUAAUGUUGAAAACGCUCUUAAAGUGCCUAUUACCGAAACAUUUACCAAAUGUAAUGGUUUAUUUAAUUUUUCAAAAACAGCGAUAAACUUUGUCACAAAAGCCAUAAUGCAAAAGCCUGCAAGUACAAAUAUUAAUAUUUUUCAUAUAAUUAAUAAUUCGUAUUUUAUGACCUAUAUUUUUCGUUCAAUUUUUACUGCUUAAGAUAUAGUUGUAAUAUUUUAAAUAACAUUUUUUUUUUGUAUUAGUGAAUAUGCACGAGGACAUAAAGGAAUAGAAAAGCUCAAAACCAAACAUUAAUAUAAUAUUGUACUUACAAAUUUUUGAAGUAUGGCUGUCCAUUCAUUAUUUCGUAUAUACUUUAUAUUUUUUUAAAUUAAUUAUUUGAUGUACCUGUUUCAUUGCAAAUGAUACUACAAAUUUUCUAAUAAUUUAUUAUUUCUAAAAAAGAAAAAUAUUUAAGAUGAAUUCUGGGGAGAAAAUACUUUAGAAAAACAAUCUAUUUUCGACUCAUUUUUAGGCUGUUUUCAUGUUUCUUACAACUUUAAACAUUUUAUUUAUUGAUUUGAAAAACGGUGAAUAAGAAAUUUUAAGAUUUAAAAAAAUAAAUAAUUUUGUCAAUUUCGCAAUAUUGAAAAGGUUCCCUGUACUUGUGAAUUUAUAACAAUAAUUUUGAUAAAAACAUUUCUUUCUCAAGUCAAAGAUUAAUACCCUUAAACAAUUUUAAAACUCAUUUUAUUUUUUCUUUAAUUUUAAACAUAUUUCGUGUCGAUUUAAUUUUUUCUCUGUUGUUAUCAAGAGAAAUUAUUGCAACUAAAACAUAAGGGAAAUAAUAAUUUCAUGGAAAAAUAGAAAUCACUGUUUUCUUUAUGUGUCUGUUUCAAUAAGAAAAUAUAUUACCUUCAUAAAUCUGCAAAAGUCGCUUGAUAACUAUAUUAAUAACCACUUAGAAAGAAUAUGAUACACUGCCAUAUUUAUUCAACUUGUAAGUACAUAGUGGGGAUAAAAGUCUUUAAAAAAUCGGAUUAUUAAUAUAUAAGAUUAAGAUUGCACUUCUCAAAAAUUAAAAAAAAUCUCCAUCUUUAGCUAAAAACAUAGAAUAAGAGUACGUAUUGGAGGUAGGGUGAAAGAUAAGAACCUUUCCACAUUGAAGAUGCAUGCGUCCUGGAUGGAGGAUGCAUGUGCGUCUUGCAUCUUGAUGAAAAAGCUUUCACACCCAGGAUGUGCUUGCUUCUUGCAUCUUAUAUAUAUAUCCAUUAUCUGUGUUAAUUUAGUACGUGAGUUUGAAAGAUGAAUAAUCGAUCACUCGACUCUUCAGGCGACGAAAUUAUAAUUCUACCUUGUACAGUAAGAAGAAAUCGAUUAUGGGAGCAUCCAUACUGAAAUAAUACUGGAGAUUAUAGUUCUGCUAUGGUGGAAAUUCCUGCCCCAAUAACUGAAUAACUAUCGGAUAAUUCAGUACCACAGCGAACUUGAAAGGAGUUGUCAGAGAGGUAGGAGCGGAUUAUCAGACAUAAGCAUGAAAUUUAAGGUAGAUGGAAUUUAAGCUUAAAGAGCAGUCCAGCGUGCCAUACCAAUCAAACUAUGUACAGAAAUGCAACCGAGCAAUAUUGCUUCUUUUCAAAUGCUGAGCAUAUAGAUAGACAGAUAGAAAAAAAAACUUUAUUCUGGGACUAAGUCCCUUCAGAAUAACAAUAAUGUACAAAAUAGUAGAAUAUUACUGGCCUAAACGUUUGAAACAAUACAUAAAAUUGAUAAAAUAAAAUAAAAAGUAAAGAAAACCUUAGGUGCACAAGCUAUAUACAAUACAGAUAAGACUAUGUACAGAGCAUUUAAAAUUAUGAACAAAACAAUUAAAACUAUGAACGAAUCACUUGAACUAUGAACAAAAUUAUAUAUAAGGGUUGAACAACAUAAACAUACCCUUUGAGAAAUGAAGAACGAAAAAAAGAUACAAUGAGUUCAUUUCAUAAAAUAAAAAAAAAUAAAAAACUUUACUUGAAUAUAUAUAUAUAAAUAAACAGUUAAUUAUAAUUGAAUAAAAAAAAAAUCUAUGUAUUGAAAUUCCUAUGUCGAUAGUAGGAAAUGCAUGUACUAUCUCUUACCAAGUCUUAUGGUUAUAUGAUUGCUAUUCAAUAAAUAUAUAAUAUUAAUAGUUAGCUGGUAUCUGACUGUUUUUGGAACAGGAAUUGGAAUAGGGGGUUUUUGAAUGUGUAUAGGGAAGAGGCAUGUCGAAUUUUGAUCGGGAGGGAAUUCCAAAAGUUGACAGAGCGGGCUAUAAAGGAAUUUCGGAAUGAGGCAGAUCUAUGAGAAGGGAUGUACAGGUCAGAGGGUCGGGAUGUUGUAGUGAGGGAAUGGAUUGAGGACUUUAAUUGGAGAAGGUUGUGGGCAUAAGAAGGACGAUGAUCGGUAAUGAUUUGAUAAAGGAAAGUGCCUAGGAAAUAUUGUCUUCUUAAGGAGGGGAAGAGCCACCCUAACUCAGCAUAUAUGGUGAAAAACUCGGAGUCCUUGUUGGACAAUGGAAUGUUGGGGACGAAAUCCUAAUUAAUGGUACGAAGGUUUUGAGAUACUAUUAUGGUCAGGAUUCUUUUCAAUAGGAUCUCAUUAUAAAAUAAAUAUUAUAUAAUUAUAUAUUAUAAAAUUAUUAUAUAUCUUUUAAAAAUAUUUGAAAGGGUAGGGUAAUUGGUCUUUUAGAUGUCAUGCUGUUGAGAAGUUUUUCUGGUUUUGAUAUUAGUGUAAUAGUAGAAUGUUUCCAUAAAAGUGGAAAAUGGAUGAUUAUUAGAUGGUAUUGUACACGUAAGUGAAGAUUAUGACAGCUUUGGAAGGAAGUUGUCAAAAGAUCUAAGAGGAGUAAGGAGUAUUGAUUCAGGAGAUUUACGGAAGAGUUAUUUUCUUAAAUGUUUGACCUCAGAAGGAUUAACUAGCUUUAGGGGUAAGGAGAGUGGGAUGGAUGAAGUAAGAAACUCUGCUUUUGCAGUGUGGGCCGGAUGGACAUACCGGGUGAGAGGUGAAUGUAUAGGAAAGGUGUUUUUAUCUUCAUCAUACCCUGCCAAGGAGCCAUCAUCUCGACGGCGAGGAUAGGAAAUAUAACGAUGAUUUAGGAUAUUUUAGUGAUCUUCGAUAGGAAAUUGUCAUGAAUAGAGAGGGAAGUUGAAGAUCCAUUGGAUCUGAAGAUGGAAAAAAAAUCAAAACUACUGGAAUAAAAUGCUUUUAAUAGUUGUUUUUUAAAUAUGUUUCCUUGAAACGAUGCUUAUAUUUAAUAACAGAAUAAUAUACCUUAUAAAAUAAAAUGUAUAAUAUACCUUAUAAAAUAAUAUACCGUAGACAACAUAUAAUUUAAAAAGAGUAUAUAUUGUGACUGUUCAAAUCUUUAACUGAGAUCACUCACAAAAACAAAAAUGGGUUAAUGGAAAUAACAAUAUAUUUCUAUUUUGGGCUGAAUCCCCCCAUACUGGAAAUGUGUAGGUGAAUCGAGAAUCGAAUCAAAGAAUCGAUUUCUCUGAAAGAAUCGUACUCUCAUGCACGAGCGGAAGGGGGGCUUUCGGGCUGAAGCGCUCCUCCCAAAAUGGUAAAAUAUAACCAUGUUUUAUGAAAAAAAUUAUCUUUAAAAGUAUUAUUGUUCCUCUAACUACAGUUAAUAGGACUUCAACAAUCACUUAAAGACCAUGUCAUAUAGGUAGUUGGUUUCUUUCUUUCUUCCGAAGUCAUUAUACUAACAUAUUUAUACAAAAUAAAAUCUUUCGGGAUGAACACCCCACUCCUAAAAUUAAAUCUUGGAUCGGUGCACUCAAGCAAUUCACACGAAAGAAUCACGCUUCACUUAGAAUCAGUCUAUUCAAUAGGUAUUAUUAAAAAUAAAAAUACAAAAGAGAAAAACAUCUCUUUACACAUAUCAAUAAACCAAACAGAGAGAAAUAAUAAAUAAAUAAGCAAAAUUUAAAUGUCAAAUUAAAUAUUUGCAUAAUAAUAGGUAAUAAAAAUUAAAGUACAAGAGAGAAAAAAUAAACAAAGAAAAAUCACGAGUUAAAAAUAUAUAAAGUGUGAAAAAUUAAAUUUAAUAUUUAUAUAAAUAUAAUUAACUAAAAAUAAAAGUACAACAAAGAAAAAUCUGUACAGAUAUUAAAAUAAAACAAACAGAGAAAAAUCAUGAGUUACAAAUAUAUAAAGUGCGAAAUAUUAAAUUUAAUAUUUAUAUAAAUAUAAUUAAUUAAAAAUAAAAGUACAACAGAGAAAACUCUAUACACAUAUUAAAAUAAGACAAACAUAGAAAAAAUAAACAAAAAGUAAUGUAAUAAUAAACUAAAAUAUUAAUUGGGAAAUGAAGAGUAGUUUCGGAAAGUAAACAAAAACUCACCAAUUAAUGUAAUAAAGCUGAAAGAUUUUCUAGAUCAAACACGGUGAAUCGAUCCAGUCGUUUAUCCGAUUCAGCUGGAAUCGGAGAUUCCCUAUUCCUUAGGAAUCGGUAGAUUUCCGAUUCUAUUAUUAUAUAAAUUUUUAAUUUAAUGUAUGACCAUACUCUCAUGAUUUAUUUAUUUUGUACUUAAUCAAUACCAGGAUAAUACAAUUACAUAAUAGAUAAUACAAGAUAAUACAGUUCAAUUCAUGUACAAUUUAUAUACACAGACCAAAAUCUAAUCUUUAAAACUAAAAAAAAACAAAAAAAAAAAACAAAUGUUCUGUCCAAUUUAUAUUUCCUUCAUAUUAUAUUAUUAUUAUAAAAGAUUCAUGAGUUUUUAUUAGUAUAAAUUUGGGAAUUUUUAAUUUCAAUAAGUUUAAAAAAAUAGUUUUUGUCUGAAUGAUCAUAAGAUUUGAGAAUGUUAGUAACUUAUUUUUUUUUUUUAAUAAGUUCUUUUUUAAUCGUUGAGAAUCGAUUCAGUUAAAAGAAUUUUCCAUCUCUGGUAUCUACCUACAAGCGGUCUACCUAAAAACUGUAUCCUCUUUUUGCCUUUGUACUUAUUUUUAGAUUAUUCAAAUAUAUUUGAUUUGCAGUUAAAAUAAAACCUUCACAUUCUUGAAAUAAUCUAAUAUUUCACAGAUUGGUCUCGGUUACAAUAGUGAAAGAUGUUCAAAGCAAGAACUUCCUUCAUCUGGUUAUGCUUGAGCAAUGCCUUGUCGAUCGGAGGCUCUGUUCUGGACACCGCCAACUGGAUGAAGGACCACGUGACGUUGUUUGGCUUUAGAACACUAAGACAGCUUUGUAUCCCCGGAUCGCACAACUCCGGCAUGAAUGAACUCAAUGGAGGAACUGCAUUUGCAAGGCGUUGCAACACACUAAACCAAAGCCAGAGCGUCCUCAAGCAGCUGGAACUGGGGGUCAGAUAUUUUGACGUGAGACCGGUCAUAUCCGGAGGACGUUUCAUGACUGGGCACUACACAAAGAUAAUCUUCAAUAGUUGGCAAGGAGGAAAUGGACAGUCCAUAUAUUCCAUUGUCAGCGACAUCAAUACCUUUACGAGGUAUCACAAUGAGCUUAUCAUUGUCCGGCUGUCUCAUACUCUAAAUACAGAUGUUGGAAACAGAAGAUAUAGAGGAUUCAUCAAAGAAGAGUGGGACGGGCUCUUUCGGCUUCUUGAUGAUACAAACUACAUGGUCAAAGCUUCGCCCUACACAGUCUUUUAUAAAUCAACUGUUGUAGAAUUAACAAAAAAUGGAACCACAGCUGCUGUUCUGUACAUCGUUGACGCCUUGUUCGCUGGAGUGUUUCUUGGAAAACGUGUGGGAAAUGGUUAUUUUUACAGAGAUAGUCUCAACCCCUUCGACAAAUUUUCUGAUUCAAACAAAUUGUCAACCAUGUCCCAAGACCAGAUUAUGAAGAUGGAGACUGUGUCACCACUAAAAUAUUUUCUCCUUUCAUGGACGCUCACACAGAGCUAUCUUGAAGCGAGUAUAUGUCCAUUAGAAAAGAGCAUCUACCAACUGGCCGAAGGAGCGAACAGGAAACUUAAAAUGAUUUUGUCAGAAGUAACGUGGGAAGCCUUUCCCAAUAUUAUAUCAAUCGAUUUCGUUGAAACUCCGGCAUUAGCUGAAAUCGUAAUGGCCGUUAACAGUAAACUGUUUUAAACUUACUUUUUUUAACUUUUAAGAAUCGCAUUACUGACUGUGUAUGAUAAUAAUAAUUAAAUAUUGUAUCUACAAAUGAAUUAUUUUCAUUAAAAAUAUAUCCCUUUGGUUUAUUAUUUUCAAUAAUGACCCGAGGAUGAUCCCCCUUCAUCGACAUUACUAUCCGCCUUUUACUUUCAGAAUGGCGGCCGAAAAAUCUGCGUUGCUAUAGACUGUAGCGCCUAAGUCGCCCUUUACAUUUAUCUAUAUACUUCAACGAAAAGAAGCUGGAAAAAAAGUUACGAGAGAUGGUUAAAUUAAAUUCCGAAUAACUCGAAAAGUUUUUACUUUUUUGUUGAUAUUGUGAGAUGUUUCAAAGGUAUUUAAAUUUCCCCAAAAAAUGAAGGAAGUUUCAUCGAAAUCAAAGCACUAUUAGUAGAGAUAUCGCGGUUUUUACAUAUUUUGGUUUAUUAUUUUCAAUAAUGAAACAUUGUGAUCGACCAAAAAAUUCAAAAACAUAACCCCCUCUCAAAAUAUGAGAUUUCACGUUUCAAGAUGCGUGGAAUUCGAAAAACGAAUAAAAUUUUUUUGUCCGUCCGCCGUCCGCGCAUUUUCUCUGAAACUACUGGACCGAUUUUUUUUUUCAAAUUUUUAUAUAAAAUCAGAGGUCACCCGAAGAUGAUCCUCCUUCAUCGACAUUACUCUCCGCCUUUAACUUUCAAAAUGGCGGCCGCAAAACCUGCGUUGCUAUAGACUGUAGCGCCGAAGCGAAUGUACCGAUUUCAAUGAAACUUCGCUAAAGUCAUUUUCUUUACGCUAUCUAUAUAACAUACUUCAACGAAAAGCAGCUGGAAAAGAGUUACGAGGGAUGGUAAAAUUAGAUUUCGAAUAACUCAAAAAGUAUACAGAAGAGAAGAAUAGUUGAUGGGGUGAUCAGUCAAAUAAGAAGGCAAAAAUAAAUUAUACUAUUUAUUUUGAUAUUUGCCGACGUUUCGACCUGAAGUUCAGUUCUUCAUCAGGGCUAAGAAAAGAAUCAGAUAACAAGGUAUGAAAAAUAUAAAUAGUGUAGGUAAAAAAAAUUAAAGUAAAAUGAAGAUGUUAGAAUAAUGACAAUAGUAAGAACUAAGAGAUAAAUAAUAAUAACCGUUACAAAGUGUGGAAUGAUGAAGUAAACAUAAUAAAAAAAGGUGACAUAAGUAUUAAAAUGGGAAUCUUAGAAAAAAUGUAAAACAGAAAAAAAGGAAUAUGAAGUUAUGUAAGAAAUGAAAAUAAAUAGUAAAAUUAAAAUAUUGCGAAUAGAAUAGUUAGAUACAAAUUGAGAUAUUGUAUAUCAAGAUAUACAGACAAUGUAUAAUAUAAUAAACAGUUAAAACAGAGAAAAGGAAUGAAAGGAAGGAAGAAAGAAAGGCCUGAACUUCAGGUCGAAACGUUGCCAAAUGUCAAAAUAAAUAGUAUUAUUUAUUUUUGACUUCUUAUUUGACUGAUCACCCCAAAUAUUCUUCUCUUCAUUAUAAACGACAGUCAACCAUUUACCCACAAUUACAAAAAGUAUACACUUUUCUGUUGAUAUCGUAUUAUGUUUUUUUUUUAAGUUUACGAAAUUUCCUAAAAAAAAAACUACAAAUCCUUUGUUUUGGAUUUUGAUUUUUGAAUUUGUUACUGAAGCAAUGAUUUUUUUAGUAUUUGGAAGUAAUCAUUGCCAAAUAACUAAGAAUGUCACACAACUUCCCAGAAAAAA